AUGCGCCUGUCGGUGUUUCCAAACUGGCUGCGUACUUUGCCUGACUGCCAACAACAGCAGGUAUUGAAGAUUUCAACAGGUGAGCUCCAACCGCGAUCGUUAUCGGCGGCUGAACAACAACGAAACUACGCGGCGCGGGAGUUCACCGGUCCCGGGAGUGACCUGCACCAGCUAGAUCUGCUCAACAAAGUGAUACGGCUCAUCGAUGGCAAGCUGGUGGUUCAGUUCCAGAACGAGAUGCGUGAGGGUUUGGUUAGACCAUGGUUCUACAAUUGGUUUAUCGUCGAUGGAUACGGUAGCUUCCGAAGGAUCUUCGAGAAGAUGGACUAUCGGGAGUACGAGUUUUCUGGAUAUUACUUGGUAACGAUUGCUGGUGAAGUUUCGGACGAGCUGAGUAACUUGAUACGAAGGAUAUUGACGGAUUUGUGGACGUUGGAUAUCUUCAACGUCAACGUAGUUGUUGGUGGAACCAUGCGUGAAACCCUGAUCUACACGUUCUUUCCGUACACGGAGAAACGCUGUGGAGUGGUUGAACCUGUGUUGUGGGAAAGGUUCUCAAUUAUGAACGAGGUAGACCUGUAUCCCGAGCGGCUGAAGACAUUCCACGGAUGUACGCUUUUAGCAGGCAUGUUGGAAACAAAGCCGUACACAAUAAUCCGAGAGCAGAAACACGUCCAAGGCGAAGUUAAACUUUCGAUACGAUACAAGGUAUCGACGGAAUCGUGGGGAUUGAUGCUAGAGAAGGGAAACAGUACCGGAGUGAUGAAAAUGAUUCAAGAUGAAGAGGUAGAGUUUGGAGUGGGUUGUUUGGCAAUCACGCAAGAACGCAGCUACUGGCUAAAAGCUGGUCGACCGUUUACGGCAUUUGAGAAGCUCUUCCGACCUUUUCGGGUGGAAAUUUGGUUCCUGAUCACGGUUUUAAUUACUACUGGUUCACUCACAAUUGGAUUUCUACAAUGCUUCUCCCAAGAUGUCAGAGAUUUUGUCUUUGGACAUGGCAACACGGCUCCGCAUUGA